AAAUCAUCAAGACCAUAUCGUCGCCCUUAUUCCAGGUCGAACUCAACUUUAUCUUAAGCCUGGUAGAUAAAACCACCGGUAGCUUGCAACAUGGAGGCCUCGAAUCCGAACGGAAUCUUGUCGAGACUGCCGGACGAACUCGUAGGACGAAUAGCGGGGUACUUGGAUACGGCUCGUUCCUUGAUAGCUUUCGGUUCGGUUAGUCUUUACAUAAUUACAUAUCACUUGUACUGUUGUACUUCAGCUGAAGCAAGACCCAACGUGAACUUCAAUAUGGUAUGACAUGAUCUGUAGACCUGUAGAAGAUGUUAUGAAAUCUCUCAAGAAGCCUCAUUACGCUACAAACUCGCCCUCUGGAAACAUUCCAUGGUCGAUAACCCUUCCUCCCCUUUAUCCGCCCAAGAAAAACUCUCAGAACUCUUAACCCGGCAACAAAACUGGCUGGCCCUAAAACCACGUGUGACAGAGGAACUCGUCAUAGAAGGAAGCACCUCGGUCUAUGAGAUGCAAGAAGGCAUGUUCUUGUGGUGUCCGAGGGAACGACCGGAAAAGUUGGCGGAAGAGGUUCAGUUGUGGGGGUUACCGAUGGGAGAACCGGGGUUGAGGAAGAGGGUGGAUAUGGCGUUUAGGGGUACGGGGAGGGGGAUUUUGGAUGUCCAUCUGGAUCCUACGCAGGAUUUGUUGAUCCUCAGCGAGGCAUUACCAUCCUCUCGAUACCACGACCGCCCCACCCCACCCUCCAGCACAUCCCGUGACCCAACUCCUCUACAGAAAUACACCUUCCUCACCCUGUCCACCCUCCAACCGCACCCGCUCGCCCCUCCAAAUUCAAAGGAGACCCCGUUAUUAGGCCCACCGCUGUUCCCCCUGAAUACGAUCGUCAGCCAGCUCUUGCAGGUUUAUGGGGAUGUUUUUGCCGUGUUGACGAUCCCGGUGGAGGUGAGGAGUGGGAGGAUAUAUAAUCAGGAGUUGAACGUUUGGAAUUGGAAGACGGGGGAACAUCUGUGUCAAUACCGUCUCCCCCUCUCACUAUGUCAAGCGAGCUUUGCCCUCCUCACCGCAACUGAGUUCAUGAUCACCCUCCAUCGACCGGACGACGAUCCCACAGCCGAGAUCUACACGUUCGACCGGUCUGCUCUCCCUACCGCAUCAAAGAACCCUUCACUGUACCCGGUCCCGAUGGCGCAGUUCCGCCUGUUACCCCUGGAAGAGGACGUACAGGUGGACCUGGAUAUGAGGCCGGAUCCGCCUUUCCCCACUGCGCAGGGGCAUGCAGGGAACGACUUGGGGCCGAGCAAGCCGUUCGGGGAUAAUCCCGAGGAAGGCGUUUUGGUCUUCAACAUGACGGUGAUGACAGCCACAGCGGACGAUUUCACACACGUCGUCAUCGUAGCAUCCAAAGCCGGAAUGUUAGAAUUGGCCAGGAGGCGGUAUAGUUCCUGCCUUGAUCGAGCGGAGGAGUAUUAUUUGGGUCAAGGGGUUUUGAUAGGGAAUGAGGAUUAUGAUCUGAGGAGGGAUUUGACGCUGGAAUGGGAGCUUUGGGGAAGCGUUUAUACGAGGAUCUUUGAGGAUAAUACGUUGGGUGUCAAUUGGGUCUGUUUCGUACACGGAUAUCGAUACGCACGCCUCUGUCGAAGAUCUGACGAACCCGUCCAGCGCCCUCGAUUAGGACCCUAUCAGAUCGAAGUCCUGGACUUUUCUCCGAAUGCCACGUUUUCGUUCCGAGAACGCGAUCAUACGAACGGCCCGGUUUGUGAACUGGAGGACGGGACGCAGCAGACUUUAGUCUCCCGAUUGAGCAUAUUGAACAACCCGUUCUUGUUCCGGAAGACGAUCAUGAGCAGCUUGCCGUAUGUGGUGACGACAACGGGCAAGAAGUAUUUGACCGAGGGGGUCAUGAUCGGGGAUAGUUCGCUCAUCAUCUCCAGGGCUGAAGGAUAUGGAGAUGGACAGAUCAGACAGACGUUGACUGUCCUGGCGAUGUGAACCACGAACGACAAUAGCUUAGCAUGCAGGAAGUUACGACCGGAAUCAAGGCAGAUCACUAUAACGAUCGGUAAAAGCGGUAU